CAUAAGCGCUGAAAUUUCGAAAAUUCCGGCUUCCUGCUCGAGCUUCAAAAACCUCAAACAAUGGCGGAAAUUCUAGUUGUUAAACCCUAAGCAGGCUAUUGGGCAGCAAUCAGUCGACUGCUAGGAAACCAGCGAUGGAUCGUGAAGGAGGCCAGCAGCAGAUGGCGGGCGCAUCGAAGCCCUCGUUGUUUGCAGUGUACCAGAACCCAGCACUCUCUGCGGCCCUCACCUCCAACAGCCUUCGCCCCUCCGCCUCCACAGUCUUCUUCAUCCUCUCUAUGCUAUCCGUCUCCGCUCUCGCCCUCGCCAUCUCUAUGUACAGGGAAAAUACGGUUGCUGCUGAUUUUGGACUUGGAUUUGUUUCUCAAGAUGUUGCGAGUAUAUGUUCCAAAGUUAUAGCAGCAAUGGCAAGUUGCAUACUGCUUGCAGCUCUGUUUGCUUUUGUCAAAGCCCUUUCAGUAUGGAGGCGAAGAAACCUCAGGGAUGUUUUUGUAGUAUCUCCUUCCAAAGGUACAAAAGAGCUAACACGCCUUACAGAUCGACAGCUUGGCCUUUUGGGGUUAAGGUCAAAACUUGAGAAGGAUUCUGAGGAGUCUUCAAAGAGACCUCCUAAAUCAAAAAUUAGCUCGCCUUCCCCUCCAAGUUUGCUUGUUCCACUUCAUCCAUCAAGUUCGAAUCAUGAAAUGAGCGGCGGGAAAUCAAGCUCUAGUGGUGGGCGAAAGAUUCAUGCUUAUACUACACCAUCCAAGUCACCAGCUUCUCCUUCUAUGUAUCUUGUACCUACAGCCUCUGCACGGUCAUCAGUACCGUCGCCAUCCCUGCAGUCUUCACCAGGAGUAGAUCAGUUGAAUGCCACCCCUUGGUCAAGUAAGCGUCGUGCCUUUCAGAAAGAUUUAGCAACAGAGAAAGAUCUUGAAAACUUUCUGGCUGAUAUAGACGAGAAGAUAUCUGAAACAGCAAACAAAUUGGCAACUCCUCCCCCCAGCAUAAAUGCAUUUGGGAUGACCAGUCCAAACACCCUCACUGGUUCAGUUAAUACUUCUGGACCUACAAGAAGUACGCCUUUAAGGCCAGUUAGGAUGUCCCCUGGUUCCCAGAAGUUCACAACCCCACCUAAGAAAGGGGAGGGAGAGCUUCCUCCUCCAAUGUCUAUGGAAGAGUCGAUUGAAGCUUUUGAAAGGUUGGGCAUUCAUCCACAUAUAGAGAAAUGGCGCGAUUCUCUCAGACAGUGGUUUUCUGCUUUUCUACUUAAUCCUCUUCUUGGAAAGAUUGAUACCAGCCACAUAAAGGUUAUGGAAUCAGCUGCAAAACUUAAUAUUUCGAUUAACAUUAGCCAAAUUGGAAGUGAUGCACCAAGUGCGCCUGCUGCUGCUAAUGUAUUUCCAAUUGAUAGAAGUAAUGACUGGAAGCCAGCAUUUGCAGUUGACGAGGAUGGACUUCUUCAUCAGCUUCGUGCAACUCUUGCUCAAGUUUGUGAUGCUUCAAAAUCACAAGCUAUUAAUUUCCAGCAAUCCCCUCAGCAUGCUGCGUCAAUCUCGGUUUUGCGAGAGGGUAUGGAUGCCAUUAUGGAGCAUCAGAGACUCCAUUCUUUGAUGAAAGGAGAAUGGGGUAAAGGUUUACUUCCUCAAAGUAGUGUACGCGCAGAUUACACUGUCCAAAGGAUUCGUGAACUUGCUGAAGGAACGUGUUUGAAGAACUAUGAGUAUUUGGGAAAUGGCGAGGUCUACGAUAAAAAGAAUAAGAAAUGGAGUCUUGAGCUUCCUAGUGAUUCUCAUUUGCUUCUUUAUCUGUUUUGUGCUUUCCUGGAAUACCCAAAAUGGAUGUUGCAUGUUGAUCCUACAACAUAUGCCGGGCCUCAGGCAAGCAAGAACCCUUUGUUUUUGGGUGUUCUCCCCCCUAAAGAUAGGUUUCCUGAGAAGUACGUAGCUGUUAUAUCUGGUGUUCCCUCGGUGCUACAUCCGGGGGCGUGUAUUCUUGCUGUUGGGAAGCAAAGCCCCCCAGUUUUUGCCUUGUACUGGGACAAGAAGCCUCAAUUCUCUUUCCAGGGAAGAACUGCGCUAUGGGAUUCCAUAUUGCUUCUGUGCUAUAAAAUAAAGAUCAGUUAUGGUGGUAUUGUUAGAGGCAUGCACCUCGAUUCGUCAGCGUUAGCCAUUCUUCCAGUUCUUGACCAGGGAAGUGAUGACUGAGCAAAUUAUUGGGUCAAUUCUGCUGCUGUGACGCACACGGCCUUCUGUAGAGGACGUCGUCUCAGAUCACAGAGACGACGUUAUGUAGCCGACAAAUUUUCUAUUGAUCCUUUUGUUUUAGGUAGGUAGUCACAACCAUGUAACUGAUGAUGCGUUAUAUCAAAACACUUGUUUUGUACUGAUUUGAGAUGCUACCACCUUUCGGCUUAAUAUCACCUCUUUGUUACAAACCAA